UGAAAGCUUCCCCCUACCACACCCACCCCCUGCAGCCCUGGUCUCCACCCCUAGAAGACAGUGGAACUAAGAGGACGACAGAGGACAGAGAAGCCAUGUCGGACUCCCUGGUGGUGUGUGAGGUGGACCCAGAGCUAAAGGAAAAGCUGAGGAAAUUCCGCUUCCGAAAAGAGACUGACAACGCAGCCAUCAUAAUGAAGGUGGACAAAGAACGGCAGAUGGUGGUGUUGGAGGAAGAAUACCAGAAUAUUUCCCCAGAGGAACUUAAGUUGGAGUUGCCGGAGAGACAGCCCAGAUUUGUGGUCUACAGCUACAAAUAUGUGCACGCAGACGGCAGGGUGUCCUAUCCUUUGUGCUUCAUCUUCUCCAGCCCUGUGGGCUGUAAGCCAGAGCAACAGAUGAUGUAUGCAGGGAGUAAAAACAGGCUGGUGCAGACAGCAGAGCUCACAAAGGUGUUUGAAAUCCGGACCACCGACGACCUCACUGAAGCCUGGCUCCAAGACAAGUUAUCAUUCUUUCGUUGACCUCUGCGAUAGGGUCUUUAAUUCCUGAUGUCUGAGGCCCCCAGGGGACUGAAGACUCUGACCCCUAGCAUCAGAACAUCCAAGAACUAAAUAAA